AUGAGAUUUUCCAACACUUUGAGGGCAAACCAGGUUGAUGAGUGGAAGGAGAAUUAUGUGUCUUAUGAAAUUCUUAAGCCUUUGAUGGUGAAAGAUAGAAAAGAAUUCAAGACCUUAAUCGACUCUGAGCUCCGAAAGAUAAAUGACUUCUUCUUUCUGCUCGAGAAGAAGGCUGUCAUUGAAAAGGAGGAGAUAUUUGUAGAUGCUGGGGUAUCUCCUGAGGAUAGGCCAUCCAAUGACUCUGGAGUAAGAAUCAGGGACUCUCGAAAGAAGGCUGGAUGUUUAAGCGAUGAUUACGGCUUAGGAAGAGACGAUCAGAAGGAUCGGUUGAGGAUCAAGACAGAUGGAAAGGAUGAGUUUGAUGAGGAGGGAGACGAUGAGGAUUCCAGAUCUACAAAUACCUCGGAAGAGGGAGAGAGCGGCAGAUUUAAAUAUUUGGUCAGUAAAGCAGCAAAAGGUACAGACGAAAAAGGUUUUGGGGGGUUAUUUAAGAUUUCUAGGAGGUUUGAAAGGAGGAAAAGGGAAAAAAACAUACAAGAGUUCCUUCAUGCAGUGAUAAGCAUUAAGAGAUUUAGGGAAUUGAACUAUACAGGACUGAUGAAGCUUUCAAAGAAAUACGACAAAAUGUAUCCUCAAGAGAAAUUUCAUGAAUCCUUCUCUAGAAAUGUCAAUGAAUCAUACUUCAACAAGUCUAGACGCAUUGAUGAUGUAUAUAGAUCGGUGAAAGAGCUCUACACAAAUACCUUUGCAAAGAAUGAUCCUGCCAAGGCAAGAACGGUAUUCAAGAAGUUGAAAGUCAAGAGUAAGACAGACCCUCUUACUUCCUAUAUGUCCGGGGUGUUAGGAGGAAUAUCUCUCGGAAUGAUGGGACUAAUUGACUUCGGAAAGAAGCAGAUGGAUAAAGAGUUGUUCUUUUCCAUGGCACUUCUGCAGUAUGGAGCCUUUCUUUUCGGAAUAUCUCUUGUUGUGUUCAAAAGAUUCCAUAUAAACUACAAGUUUAUUUUCAACUUCGACGUAUGUUCAUCACUGAGUUCAGACAAAUAUCUGUUUUUGAUCUCCCUCUCUGUAUUUGCUAAUGUAGUUGGAACAUGGAUUAACAUUUCUUUUAUCCAUCUUAAUCCAUAUUUAUUGCUCCUGGGUCACCUUUUUGUGUUAGUAGUACCUUUCAAAGUGUUAUACCAUGAGUCGAGAUUCUACCUCCUCCUAGUUGUGUUUAGAAUAAUUGUGUUUCCCAUGUCAUUUGUCAGGUUUAGGCAUUUCUACUUUGCAGACAUUGGCCAAAGUCUCACAUUUUGCUUCAAGAGGAUAUUUUUUUGUGGGAUCAAGCUCAAUUGGAGGAUUGAAGGAUGUAUUAACUCAUUCUUUGCAAUGAUUAGGUUUUUGCAGUGCCUUAGGCGUUAUAAGGAUACUCGCCUCAAAUUUCCACAUAUUGCAAAUGCCCUCAAGUACUCAUUUUCAAUCCUAGCAGGGUUUGCAGUACCUUUUUAUAAGAGCAACAAGACAUGGGAUCUUUUUAUUUACAAGAUCAUGGUCAUAUCCAUCUCGUCCAUCUAUUCCAGCGCUUGGGAUAUAUUUAUGGACUGGGGUAUUUUCAGAGACAAGCUAACGUAUCCAAGAUACACCUACACUUGCGGAGUAGCAUUCAACCUAAUGUGCAGGUUUUUCUGGGUGCUAGCUUACUGGUUCAAAAUCUCUCCAUUCUGGAUGGCAUUUGUAGAGAUAAGUAGAAGAUUUGUAUGGACGAUUUUCAGGGUGGAAUUCGAGCAUCUUAAUAAUUGUAGCGAGUUCAAAUCAAAGGGCUCUAUGCAACUCACAUCCAGAGAACUCUUUUACAAGAGGGACUACGAAGCAGAUGGUAGGCCUAACGAUACAGAGACCGAAAAUGACUCCAGUGUUGCAUAA